CGAAGGAGGAGGAGAGUAAAGGAGGAGGCAGAUAGGGAGCGAAAAACAAAACGUGACUAGGCACCAAAAGCGUCCUGUUAUUGCAACUGCUGACCCACUAACAUACAUUUUGAGACAUCGAGAGAGAGAGAAAUAGUGAGUGAGUGCGAGAGAGAGAGAGAGAGAGAGAGAGAGAGAGAGAGAGAGAGAGAGAGAGAGAGAGAGAGAGAGAGAGAGAGAGAGAGAGAGAGAGAGAGAGAGACGAAACUGGAGCAAGUCCCCAACAUAACAUGCGGAGCAGGUUCAAAAUAUGCAACACUGUACUCUGCUCGCGUCCUUGCACUCAUCACAGAGCUCGUAUUGAACGUUCAAGAACGAUCGCACAUUAAGAGAAAUUCAAUAGACUGCGUCGGAAAGAUAGAUUUGUUGAUAGAAUCGUGACUACGCAUUGUGGAUUUGUAUUAUAACCUCGAAAAGGCCUUUCAUCUCCGAAGCGCGUGGAGAAGGAUCGAGGCAGCGCCCCUCCCUGAGAGACUGACACGCCGAGGUAGACAGAGUGACCUACAUCCUGCUACACGCCUGCAGCUGUAGGACACGGCCUCCGCUCACCGCUAAGACACGCCAAAACAAACCAGAGGCGAACAAGCCCACGUUACAUUCUCCAGACUCCAGAAAUCGGAGACAUUUGGGGGUUUUCUUUUACAGCUCCCAACAGCUCCGACCUAUAUUUAGCUGAGAAUUAUCAAAGAACCGUGAGCCUGACAAGAGGCAGAACGCUAACCAGGAACUCUCCUGCUGAAUAAAUGAGGGGGAUCGACGUCAAGUUUCACCUCUUCCUGAUCUUCCUGGCUAAUUUAGACACAUGAACAUUGACUGGCAUUAAGAACCUUGACGCAACCAAUGCGGUUCAACUCGAAAGGCGCUCAAAUACCAAGAGAGUUUUUGGCAGAUCCUGCCACAUAAGGAGUAGAAGAAGAAAGGCAGAACCGAAAAGACAAAAAGCGGCCGACCGAUUGUCCUUACCACCCCCUUACCUCCCCUGGACACUAUACCUAGUUCCAUUCGCAUUGUUCCAGGCAGAAGUCCAAACUGGCUGCAACUGAACCACAAUGGAAAUCCUGAGUUCACACCUGCAGUCGCUGCACCAAAGUCCAGAGAGUCACCUGGACAACCUGGACACCUUCUCCAACUACGAGGAGUCCCUGGCCUCCCCUCAGGGAUCGCCCGAGCGCCAGGGCCGAUCGGCCAAACCCAAAUCCAACAUGAGCUGCCGACGCAAGCGGGAGUUCAUCUCCGACGAGAAGAAGGACGCCUCGUACUGGGAGAAGCGGCGCAAGAACAACGAGGCGGCCAAGCGCUCGCGGGAGAAGCGCCGCCUCAACGACAUGGUGCUGGAGAACCGGGUGAUGGCGCUGAACGACGAGAACGUGCGCCUGAAGACGGAGCUGCUGCAGCUCAAGCUGCGCUUCGGCCUCAUAAGCACCGCCGCCUACAUGGAGAAGAGCCAGCAGAUAGGUGGAAGUCGAAACGGCGGCUCCUCCUCUUCCUCCUCGUCGUCCCAUCACUACUACUCCAGUGGCUACUCCAGCGGCUCUCAGGUGAUGAUGAACUCGGACUCGUCGGAGACGGAGCAGUCAGGCAGGGGGGAGGAGCAUGGUCAGCUGUCCGUCAAGUACUCGCCCCGCGGGUCCCUGUCUGACAUGUCGGAUGGCUCCUCCAGAGACAGCCCCGAGCCAAUGAACUACGAGAUCAAGCAAGAAAGUGGUGGGCUGGACAUGGAGAUCGAAAGCGGGGCCACGGCGCAGAUGAUGUUCCAUGUCCACCGCAGUGGGCUGGCGUCUGGCCACCACCAGCAUCCCCAGGAGAUGGAGUCGGCCUAUCAGCGCCAACACUCCAACACGCACCACCACCAGGAGCCCGUGGCCAGCCAGCCUUCUCUUGCUCCCCCUGCCGCCCAGAGGAGUGUCAUCCUGUAUCGCUCCAGCAGUGGCUCCUACCCUGUGGAAAGCCAGAGGCUCCAGGACAUGGACCAGCAUGUUACCCAGCAGCAAGCCCUCCGAGCCCAGCCCCAACAAAGAGACGGGUCCACAGAGAGCUCUGAGACCCUGGCAGAGGUGACCAAGAUACUGGAGAGGAAGAUGCUGGACUCCCCUCCAUAUGAGUACUCGGACAGCCAGAGCGAGGCAGGGGACAGGGAGAAGCAGGUGUCCCGAGACACCCACAUCCAGCACCAGCAGGAGCAGAGGAGCCACCACCAGAGAAUCAGCGUCCUCGCUUCCGAGUUCCCUCACAAACACGAGGACACCAGCCAGGCUCACCUGUACUCCCACCUGUCUCACCCCCAGCAUCUCAGCCCCCAGAACGAGGAGCCCCCCAUGCUCACCUACGAAGGGGGACCCAGGAGCGAAGCCUUCUUCCAGGGGCUCUCCUCCUCCACCUCCAACAAAGACACCUCCUCCAGUGACGGAGACCCCCGCAGCUCCGACAAGGAGGCCUCCACAGACGACGAGUCCCCGUCCUCCUCCUCCUCCGACGCGGGGAGCUACCACCAGCACCUCCCUGGGGCCUCCCCUCUGUCCUUCUCCUCUGGCCAGGUCCAGGGCCAGGCCCGGGACACCCAGGGGGAGGUGAAGGGAACGGCCUUGCCCCACAAACUCCGACUCAAACACCGAGCCAUGAGCUCCAGUGGGAGCGGGAGCAUCUCAGGUCAGGAGUCUCCCAGCACCCCUCCCUCCUCUCUCCCAGGCCUGCCCCAGCACCCCUACCUUGCCCUCACCCAGCAGCAGAGCAGGAAGGACAUGGAGAGGGACAUGGAGAGCCAGGGUCAGACCCCCGCCGGCUUCUGUAAGCAGGGCCUCCAAGCCGAGGGCUCCAGAAAGGAUGGGGGAAAGAAGGAGUGCGGUGGACGCCGGAACAAGAGGCGAGACGAGAGAGUCUAACGGACUUCUAAAGACAAUUCGAGGCGACAGAAACAUUUCGGAAGUCUUUCACAGCGUGGCGUGCGACAGGCUCUCUCUUUCUCGCCGAAAACGGAAUCCACCAUGCGCCUUUGAUAUCUUCACCCCGAUCGCACCCUCCUUUCCUCCCAUCCCUCCAUCAAUCCCCAGGGACCAGAGAACUGGACCUGCUUUACCAAACGCCCUCCAAAGUGGAGCUGGACUUAAGAUGUAUCAUACAUGUAAAUAAUGUACAGAUUUUUGGUUGUUGUUGUUCUUUGCAUCUUCUCCAUAACAACAGAGGCACUUUUGUUUCCUUUUUUUUUCUUUUAUGAACGACAGAGAAUUAAACACAUUUUCUACAUACCCGCGUCCGACAAAAACUAGCCUAAAGUCAACAUUCUCCCAGCAAAAAGCACAGUAAGUCAUUUCAGACGAGACCGUUGGUGAUUGUUUAACUCAACUUACAUAGCGUAUCCACUCUAGCAUCAGGCAAACACAAACAAAGCUUGAACAACAAAAACUUGCUACAAAAUUCUGGGAACCUUCCCCUGACCAAAGAAGCAACGACACGACACACGACCAUCUCUCUUCCGAAAUGCCCUACCUCCAGCUAUUCAUCCUCAAUCCCUCCUUUCACCAUGAUCUCACGGCACCAAACAAUCACCUUCCUUCUUUUUUUAAAGCACUUGGUUUGUACUGUAUAUUACUGUGAUAUAUCAUUUUACAUAUCGUAUAUGAAUAUAUAUUUUGCAAAGAAAAACACAAACAAACAAACAAAAACUAAAAUGCUUCAAACUGCUAAAGGCAAAGAAAGAACAUGGUUGGAAUUUGUAUCGUUCUUGUUAGUGUCCGAGUUACUGUACAGACUUAUUCAUUUACUGCUCCUGCAACCCCCCCAGCCCCCUUACUGAGAUUAAAACAUGUCCCCUUUCACUGUUUUUGAGGUCGGACCCAAUCACUUGUGUGUACAAUGUUUAAUGAGAAACGGCCAACAGCUUCUCUGUACUAGCCUUUUGAAUUCUCCCGCUCCCCUGUGCCCAGUUACUGCAGAAAAGCCCAUAGGAACAUAGACCACAGUUAUGAAUGUGUACAGCCCUCUGAAGAUACAUAUGAAGCCUUGGUUCAACUUACACUGUACUGUAGGGUUAGAGCAAGCUUCAAACCACAAGCCUUCUUAAUCACAUGCACGCACACCAGAAAAAGUUUUCCCUAAUUAGAGUUUAUUGUAAUCCGUUGUAUUGGGCCAGUCCAGACAUUGACAAAGUGCCCCCAAGACUGACCAUAAACCCAGACAUGAGUAAAUUAGAUCUAAUUAAAUUCAACCUAAAUCUUAUGGCUCAAAAUCAAUUUAGAGCUAAUCAAGGCUAUCCUAAUUAAGUUACACAAAAAAAGGAUAAACUCUACUUUGUUGAGGAAACAUGGAUUUCCUCCUACUCCUUCCAAUGUGCCUCUUUAACCAAUACUGGGGGGGACCGCCCCCUGGCCUUUUCUAGCUCUCCUAUUGGGCGACAGUGAACCACUUGCACUGGAUGAGAGUAUUUGAAAUGGAGUCUAUGUACCAUGAUUGGCUUUUUCGGCACUCGUGUAUAAAUGUAAAGUUCUCCCCCUCCCUCAGACAACACUGUAACGUUAUUUCAAUGUCUUUUGAUUUCUUCUUUCGUCAUUGGUUGUUCUGUUUUUCUCUUAUGGUGUCUUUUUGUUUCUACUGGCUGUGAUGACAUGUAACUGCCCGUCUUUGUCCCUCAAGCCUUCCCGUUUUCUCGACCUGUAUCGAUCCGUAACGUUUGUGUUUUGGGCUGAUGGUUUCAUGAAAAAGACAAAGGAAAAACAGAAAAAAAAUGAGUCACAGGCGAUGAUCGUGUGGUGUUUGGGAGCGUCGCCUGGGUUGGCGCUCUCCAUUCUUAAUGACAUGCCCUAUGUAUGUAAAGACACUAAUGUUCGACAUGGAGCAUGGGUGCAUUUCAAGAUUGAAAAAUAAAAAGAAUGUUGAAUUUCUCGACAUAUCGUAAAAACGA